GGCCUCGGGGGCCAUGGCCCAGGACUCUAGAGGUGCCGAGCCGGACAGCUUCCUCCCAUCCAUCAGAUCCGCCCCGAUCUCUGCGCUGAAGGACCAGGCGGCCUUGCGGGCUCUGACGGCGAAGACCGACGGCUGGGAGCCCACCGGCGUGAGCCCUGAGGUGCAGCAAGCCCAGGAGGAGUGGGAGGCACUGGACAGCCUCCAGGCCGCAGCAGGGGGUUCAGGAGCCUGUCCGGGCCAGCCCAGCCUGCCCAUCUCCUUCACCGAGGCCCUGCAGCACUUCCAGAUGGCUGAUCUCUCUGCCUGCAGGGAACGGAUCCGGCCCACAGCACGCAGGAGGGGGCUGGCCGCCCUCUGCCAUUGCCUCUUCGGGCCACCCCAACUGCACCACCAGCUCCAGGAGGAGCGCAACUUGGUCCUGGCCAUCGCUCAGUGCGGCCUGGAUAAUGGCGACCCCGUACACGGCCGAGUGCUCCGGACCAUCUACAGGAAGCUGACUGGCUCCAGGUUUGACUGUGCCCUCUUGGGAGCCCACUGGGAAGAGCUGGGCUUUCAGGGAGCAGAUCCCGGCACAGACCUGCGAGGGGCCGGCUUCCUUGCCCUCCUGCACCUGCUCUACCUCGUGAUGGACUCGCAGACCCUGCUGCUGGCCCGCCAGAUCUUCCGGCUUUCCCAGCACCAAGUCCAGCACUUUCCCUUCUGUGUGAUGUCAGUGAACAUCACCCGCAUCGUGAUCCAGGCACUGCGAGAGGAGUGUCUCUCCAGGGAGUGUAACCGGCAGCACCAGGUGAUCACUGUGGUGAACAGCCUCUACGCCGCCACCUUCCUCCGCUUGGCCCAGGUCUGGUGGACGCAGCAGAAAACCAUCUCCGACUCUGGCUUUGUGCUUAAAGACCUGGAGACUCUGGCCAAAAGGAACCCAAAACAGCUCCUCCGGGGCCUGGAGGCCUACUUGACCGAAGGUCCGAAAGGGUUCACUGCUGCGGGAGCGUCAGGUGGACAUCCCCGUGGGUCCCUGCCCAAGGAGCUCCACUUCACAGGCGUGUGCGACCUUCCCCUGGAUGUGGCUGAGGGAAAUGGGUUCAGCUGAGCCACGGGCAGGGCCCGCUGCAGAGACGUCUCAGCCGGUUCUGCGGGGAGCCCGGAUGGGGGUGGGGGCCCCCAAGGAUCCCAAAGGGCUGGACUCCUUCUGCCCUGCAGCUGGGGGCUCCCACCGGGCCAAGCCUUCUGGGCAGAAGGUGGGAGGGGCCGGCCCAGGCCAGUGAAACAGGGCCAGGCCCCUUCCUGCUCAGAGACAACCCCGUUGCCCAAGAGCCCCAGCCCAGAGGGUGCCCAGCCGGCUCCUGCUGUCCGGCCCAGCCAGGUCCGGCAGAGAGAGCCGUGGGGUUCCUGGGGCCGAGCGCACCGGUUUCAGGUGGUAGAGGCUCUGAGUCCUCACAUGCUCCUGACUCUAAAUCCCAGAAACUUCCAUCCUGCCCGGGGCAGCCGCUUCCCCUCUUCCUUUCUGGAGGCACAGCCUGGCUGAGUGGUUCCACCCAGGCCUGAGCCCACAGCCGAGAGCCCUCAUCCCCACCUCGUGUCUGGGAGACAGCCCACAAACGGGCUCCUACCCCAGCUCUGGCCCCCGUGCAGGGUUGGUAAAUUGUCCUGCUGAGGCCUGGGGUGGGCAACUCUAGA